AGAGAGAAAAAAAGAGGGGAAAUAAAGGGGGGAAAAGCCAAGACCCGUACUCAUCGGUACUUGGGUAUGUUCGGACAACGUGGUGGUGGAGCACAACUGUAACACACGUUGGAAAUUGCGGUGCCUGUUCGCCAUCCUCGAACCCAUAGAGUCUCGUCUUCGGUCUGCUGUGUAAAACGGUUUUCCUCCUUUUUGGGACUUAUCUCUUCUCAUAUUUUGGGUUUAGAGAGCCCAAUUGGCAGAUAGAAAUCGCCAAGCCAGCUAAAAUCGGUGUGCGGUGAAUUAGUCGCAAGGCAAUUUUCAUAUUUAUAGUGGAAAAUUGAGAAGUGCGAGUUGCUCAAACAGUGCCAGAAGGAAUAUUGAGCUGAAACCAUGCAGGCGCGAAUCACCCAUGGAUAUUUUAUAACAGUGGCACUAUUUCUGGCUUGCUGCUGGGUGAAUUCGAAUGACGCGAUCCCGCACCGAAGACAUUCACAUCCGCAAAAGGAGGUGAGUCAUCGGGUCAACCACAGGUCAGCCACGGAUGGAACGAGCCUAUCUCGCGAUGAAUUUGGGCGUUUGGAUGAAAAGCGAGACCGGAAGUCGGUACCGACGGGUGGAGGUCAUAAAUCGAGCUCCUCGAAAAAAGCGCGACAUUUGCGGAGUAAAACGAGCAACAUCAACGUGAACGUGAACAAAAAUAUAAUGUCCUACUUGCCCAGGAUCGAGAAACAUUCAACUCAAUUGGAACAUCCGGUUUCCGAGUUUCCAUUGACGAUGUUGGAGCCUUUAGCAGAACAGGUGAAAAACUGCACCAACUCCUAUAACUCGAAUGACAGGAAUUCGAGCAUCUUCAACGUGAAUUCGACAAGUGAGUUGAUCAACGUGGGUGACGAGUUCCAAGUAGCAGGUGAAACCGGGACGAAGAGAACCACCAGCGUACACGUUGGCGUGAACAUCACGCUCUGCUGGAUAGAGACUACAACCAUCAAGGAAGAUCACCACACGCAACCAGUCCAAAGGCAAGUGGUGAGAGAGUACACUAUAUCCUUUGAAAAUUCGGCAACCACACCUGAACAGUAUCUUGAGCUGGAAGGCGAAGUCGAUUCAACGAACAGCAGUUUUCCAAAAUCUGCCUUGUUUAAAGUAGUAGAUGAGAACACUCGGCACAGCUACGUAGUCAACUUCACGAGGGUGAGUCACACGAACGACCUCACCGUAUGGCAGCACAAGCGAGUCCAGUGCGGUGUAGGCCCCGUUGUCACCACGAACAUCAUCGUGUGGGCCGAGGAGCAUGUUCUGAAAAAGAGAGUCGAGAUCAAGGUCAGUCCCAAUGUUCACCGACUCACCGCUAUUCCCGUCGAGACCGAAUCCUACACCGCGGACUCCAAGGACUGGGGUGUCACAUCAACAACCACUUUCCCCCUCAUCCAGGACUGCGGCCCAGGAUCGACCUGCGAGAGCUACGGUGACUGCGCCGACGAAGACUGUGGCUCUUCCUCAACUUCCGAGGUAGGCGUCACUGACGACCUUCUGCAGGAACAAUCUACCACAGCCUACACACUCACAACACGCUCGGGUAGUUUGGAAUCGGACAAUCCGUCAACUACCUCCACCAAAGACUCGACCACGAUGGUUUCAACCGCGUAUAACCUGGACUGCGGCCCGGGAUCGAGCUGCGAGAGCUACAGUGACUGCGUCAACGAAGACUGUAGCUCUUCACCAACUCCCGAGGUAGACGUGACUGACGAUCUUCAGCAGCAACAAUCUACCACGACCUACAUACCUCCAACAUCUUCGGGUAAUUUGGAAUCGGAAACUCCGUCAACUACCGCGACCGAAGACUCGACCAUUACGGUUUCAAUCAAGUAUGACCCAGACUGCCGCCCGGGAUCGAGCUGCGAGAGCUACAGUGACUGCGUUGACGAAGACUGUAGCUCUUCCUUGACUUCAGAGGUAGAUGUAACUGACGAUCUUCCGCAGCAACAAUCUACCACAGCCUACAUACCCACAACACGCUCGGAUAAUUUGGAAUCGGAAACUCCUUCAACUACCUCAACCGAAGACUCGACCACGACGGUUUCAGUCACGUAUAACCCAGACUGCGGCCCGGGAUCGAGCUGCGAGAGCUACAGUGACUGCACCGACGAAGACUGUGGCUUGUCCUCGACUUCCGAGGUAGGCGUCAAUGACGACCUUCAGCAGGAACAGUCUACCACAGCCUACACAUCCACAACACGCUCGGGUAGUUCGGAAUCGGAAAAUACGUCAACUACCUCCACCAAAGACUCGACCACGAUGGUUUCAAUCACGUAUAACCAAGACUGCGGCCCAGGGUCGACCUGUGAGAGCCACAGUGACUGCGCCGACGAAGACUGUGGCUCUUCUUCGACUUCGGAGGUGGGCGUGACUGACGAUCUUCAGCAACAACAAUCUACCACAGCCUACAUACCCUCAACGACCCCAGGUAAAUUGGAAUCGGAAACUCCGUUAACCACUUCUACCGAAGACUCGACCACAAUGAUUUCAAUCACGUAUAACCAGGACUGCGGCCCGGGAUCGAGCUGCGAGAGCUACAGUGACUGCGUCGACGAAGACUGUGGUUCUUCCUCGACUUCCGAGGUAGGUGUGACUGAGGAUCUACAUCAGAAACAAUCCACCACGACCUACACACUUCCAACACCCACGGGUAAUUUGGAAUCAGAAACUCUGUUAACUGCCACCACUGAAGACUCGACCACGAUGGUUUCAAUCGCGUAUAACGAACACGAAACCAGCAACUAUUUUUCACCUCUUGUCUCCGAAACAUCUACACUGAUUACUGAUCAGCCCACUGAUUUUUCCGAAGUUACAACCGCGUCACUUUCAUCGAUAUAUGACAUUUCGAACGAGGGCCAUGAUUACUCCACUCCGACGUCACUCCAGGAAAGCACAACUUCAACGGUAUCGCACGUCAAAUCACCUCAAUCUACAGAAGAUGUCACAGUCUUGAGCAUGACGACGGAUUACUAUAUAGAACAUUCUGUUGAGACUGAUGACCAGACGGUGGAUUCCACACCAGUUCAUGAUGAUUCGUAUUUUAGCUCUACCGAGUCAGAUGAAAUAAGCGAAUCAAACGUUUCCGACGGAACAACAAUGGCCUAUGAAAGUGAGGGGUCCAGCGUUAGUUUGAUACCAUCUGAGCGAACAACAGUUUCUUGGGAAUACGAAACCAGCAUUGAGACCGGAACCCGUAAAGACGGCCAACAGACCGAUAUUGAACAAGUUACCGUAACUUUAACGCCUAAUAACGGCUCCACUCACAUCACUGAAUCCGACAUUGAUGAUAGUGGUGAAUACCUUGGUGAAGAAAAUGUGGUGUCUACCACUAAGGCUGACGAAACUAAUAAUGUAAACGAGUACCUGCCGAGUGGCACGACUGUCGGUUUACCCGAUUUUGAAAGUACCUCGACGAAAACGACGGAAACUGACAUUUUGGGUACUGGGUCAACCGAAACCGGAGAGAUAACUGAAGUUACAAUGACUGAUAGAAUGAUUACUGGUUCAACGGACAAUUACAGCACAAAAACCGAAAUACCAGAAGACGACACACCGGUCGUUUGGUCAGUGGAUAGCAGUACCGCGAUAACUCAAAUGAAAGAAAGCGAGACCUCGACUGCUGGAUCGACUGAAAGCAACACUACGGUGACUGAAACUGAUAGGCCCGGAAAUGACUUCACGUCGUCUAACCCAACAGAAGAUGAUAGCAAUAUUGCGACUACUGAAUCGACGGCGAGUAGUGACGAGUUUACUGAAGCAACUACUAAUAUGACAAGUUCCGCCGAUGUGGUGACGUCAGCCCAGUGUGAUUCAAGUUCAGAAAAUUGCAUUCAAUUAAUCAACUCAACGGUGGUGACGACCAUGACAGGGUCUAUCGAAGAAAGUACCGGCACAAUGAUGAUGGUAACUGAUCACGCAAUAGAAAGAAAUAAGACCACAACUGAUCACAACUUGUCAGAAACUGGUUCUACAGAUGCGCAUACGACGAUAAUUGGUGACCACGAAUUGGACGCGACGUCUGUAACUACUUCGACAGAGUUCACUAGCACAGCAAUAACUACAGACGAAGUCACCGAUAUUUCGAAUGAAUUAGAUUCCAGUACAAAGGCCUUUGGUGGUCUUGAAUUUGACGCCACUAGUGUUAGCAUGUCGACCGGGUUCACCAGCACGGUGACGUCAGAAGGAGUCACAAAUGGAUUGAUGGAAUCGGAAACCAAUACAACGGAGGCUAGUGUUCACGAAUUGAACGCUACUUCUGUGACCGUCUUGACAGAAUUCACCAGUACGGUCACAACAACAGAGGAAGUCACAAUCGAAUUGAAUGAACUGAACUCUGGUACAACGGUGGGUGGUGCACAUGAAUUCAACACAAUGGAAACCAGUAAUAUACAACCGUCAACGACUCCCUGCACGAAUGGCGAGAAUUGUCACUCCACAUUGUCUAGUGACUGUGAUCCCAUAUCCGGCGAGUGUAAGACUAUUGAAUUAAACGAAACAACAGCGACCGCGUUACCUCCUUGCGAUUCUGACUCAGAAAAUUGCGAUCAUACUAGGAAAAGCACGACAAACUCGACCUCCAUUAUGACCAUCAAUAAUGAACCAACAAUUGAUCCAAAACAGCACCACAUAUUAGGACUGAAGAUCAAGAUCCUGCUUGAGCACGUAGAUGAUAAUGACGAGACGCAGAAGCUCGUAGAGGUCGAUAAGCAUUUACUGUUCAAUGAGCAGGCGGAUGAAGAAGGGGAACAGACACUGCUUAAUCAAGUCGUAGCGUUGGACAACAAUAUCAGUAUCCAGACAAUUCAAGAGUUACUUAAUUGCUCGACUCUAGCGAACUUCACUGGAGAUCUGAGUAAUACUGCGGCUGAAUAUCUUGCGAUGCACGACGGAGUAAAAAAUAUAACUGUUAGCGAUUCGGGGAACUCAGACGGUCGCAGAAAAAGCAACGCGAGUUCAAUGUCCGAACGAGAAAUGGAUCCAAAUUUGAAUAUGACUCUGCCAGAAAUAGUUGAUGAUAUCCAUGCCGGAUUGAACUACCUUAUCACUAAAAUACCGUCAAACCGCGCAAUGGAGAAUCAGAGCAGAAAAAUGAUCGAACAUGAGAUUCCACGAUCUGACAUCCUGAAACUAAUAUCAAAUCCGCAGGAUUAUCGCACCAAUAAUGAUAGGGUAAAAAGAAACAUGGGUAUCGAAGAUGUAGCAAUUAAUGGAAAAGAUAUGCCGAAAGACUUUCAGGAAGUUGGUCACUGGUCCAACGAGCGAGUGAGAAGGGGGUUGAACAGCGGUCACGUUCGGACUCUCACUGAGUUUACUAUCUACAAGGGUCCAGAAGCACAGUGAUAAAUAUAGGAUACACCAAUGAUAAUUGUAUUCUAAAUGAUCGUGCAAAUAAAGAGUUACGUAGUUACACACGAGUCUUGUACCACGUGG